UCGAAACAGAAGGAUCCAAACGAUUCGGUAUGUGAAGUGCACCUGCUUUAGUUGGAAGAAUUGUUCGACGUUCUAACAAACGGCGGGAAACUGAAGUUGCACGUGGUUUAUUGUUGCUUAGCCUUUGUUCUGGAUGUUAACGUGCUAUUAGAGCGAAUCUUCAUUGAAUGCUUUGAAUUAAUCUAAAGACUGUCAACAUGUAUCUACUACAAACCCUUGUUGCAUUAUGUCUUCUUUCCACUAACACAUUAGCAGCUGUUCAAAAAGCCGAAAAGAAACUAUGGCAAGAAGUUCCACAAGCAUCAUCCCAAGAUGCAAAACUGGACGGUGGAGGAUUUGCUUCAGCUGCUGAUUAUACAAACAGAGAUAUGGGUGGAUAUUCUGCUGGUACAGAUUAUCAAAAUGGUGGGAUGGGAAAUUAUGGUAACAACUACGAUGGUAACAUGAAUGGUAACGGUUACAAUGGUGGAGGAGGUUACAGUGGUGGAGGAGGUUACAACAGUGUGUCAUAUAGUGAAAGCUAUUCAGGUCCCAGUGAAAGUUAUUCUGGUUCACAAGAUGGCUUUUCUAAUUCAGGCGAUGGCUACUCUGGUCAUUCGGACAGUUUCUCUGGUGGUCAUGGUGACGGGUUUGGGGGUGAUCUACGAAAUGGAGGAUGGGAUAAACCUGUAAAAACCGUUGUAAAACAUACCAUUAAGAACAUCGCAGUACCUCAUCCUGUUCCAGCACCUGUGUCUGUUCCAGUGCCGAGAUAUGUAAAGUAUUUCAAGCCUUUUGCCAUUGCAAAACCAUUUGGUGUACCCCAUGUGAUUCCUGUGAUCAAGCACAUCCAGAAACCCAUUCCAUUUUUCACCGCCCUCCCGAUCCAGCAGGCCGUGCCAGUACCGAAAUUCGUUGGCCUUCCCGUACAAGUACGGGUACCGAAACCAGUCUUCAUCCACGUGCCUAAAAUCGUACCAGUAGCGAAGAGAGUACCAGUUCCUGUGGAAGUGAAUAUUCCCAAGCCGUACAUCGUGCCCAUCUAUAAACAUGUUCCUGUACCUGUACCGCACAGAGUGCCAAAGGUGAUUAACAUCAUCAAAGAAGUACCACAUUACGUCAAGAAACCUGUACCAGUAUAUGUGGAUGAGAAUGGAUCGAUUGAUUAUGGUGGUGGAGGAACUUCAUAUUCAUCCAGCUACAAUAAUAACUAUGGAAAUGACUAUCAAGGUGGUUAUGGAAAUGGCGAUAAUUCUUACGGUGGCCAACACACUCAGCAAGGCAACUCUUAUAACAAUUUUGAUAUGGGUUAUAAUAACAAUGGUGGAAACGAUUACAAUCAGUACCAGAACUAUGGCAAUUCUCAAGAGAGCAAUCAGUACAACUCUCCUUACCUGAAAGGACAAAAUCACAAUUCUCAGAAAAUUUACCCAGCAAAUUCUUAUCCACGAGCUCAUCGUUUACCUAAUAAGUCCCAACCAACAACGAUGAAGGCUUCUGAAUAUUCACAAAUUGAUGGAUCCAACGCCAACAACAAUCAAGGAUCCGGAUAUGAACUGAGCGUCGAGGUCAAACAUAAUGGUGCCACAAACAACAAUCCAAAUUUCAAUAAAAAUGUACAAGCAAGCAAUCAACUACAAACCGCACCAAUGAGUGAUAAUUAUUACCAAAAUGCAAACAAUCAAAACAAGCCUUUCAAUAACUUAGGAUCUACUGGUCACUCAUCAGCAUCGUUUGAUUCGUUGGCUUCAGCACAAAAUGUAGCCUCAGGUUACUCGCAACCAUUCUCACAACCUGUGUUUAAUCCGUCUUCAUAUGCAGACUAUGCUGCCAACCAAGCAAAAAAUAAUGAAAAUUAUCAGCAGAAUAAUAGUCAAAUACAGUACUCUCAACAAAGUUUCAGUGAAACACCAACAACUCAACCCGCAGCUGCGAACACUGGAAUGUUGACUGAAGCAUCGAAAUCUUUUUCUAAUUACCAGCAAUAUAAUCCAAAUUCUUAUGGAAAUGGAUACAGUGAAAAUCAACAAUCUAAUAACUACAAUAGCAUACCUUAUGGAAACCAGUUUUCUAAUUACAACAAUGCAAAAUCGCCAUAUCCAUCUAAGCAAAAUUUUGAGUUUACCAGUUUCUUUAAACAGCCAGUUCCAUACCAACAAACUCAAACAUCAAUAUGGGAUUCCAAUACCAACUUUAAUAACAACAAAUAUGCAAGUCCAGAGCAACAAAAUCAACAAUUAUCUUAUCCACAGCAGUCUCCAAAAAAUAAUUUUGGAUAUAAUAAAGAUCUUUCAGAGUUUGGUAAUAAUCCCAUAAAGAACAAUUAUAACAACUUUCAAAAUGGAUAUCAGUCUUCAAAUUAUCAGGCAGGCAAUAACCAGAAUAAUAAUUAUAAUGCAUAUGACAAUUACCCACAGUCUGGUGCUACAUUCAGUUCCAACAGCUAUAGCAAUAGCUAUUCUCAACCAUCAAAUGUUUUCCAAAACGAUAAAAACAACAUGAAUGCUUAUAAAGAUAAUGAAAAGUAUGACCAAAGUCCGAGUCAGAACAGCUAUUCUUCCGCAGCAAAUAAUGCAGUUCCUGGAUUAUAUUCCCCAGCUGGUACAUCCUAUAGCAGCAGUAGCGCAUACAGCAAUGAAUAUGUGGGCAAUCAAGGUUUCCCGACACAAGAAACAAAGCAAGUCACAUCAUCCCUUGCAGUCAACAAUGCUCCUGAUACACAGCAUACUUUAAAGACAGAUUCGAUGAAUCCUUCUUAUGGUUAUUCAAAUUUUCAAGAAUACUCACAAAAUCCACUCAAUGGCUUUCAGACAACUCAUGGUAACGGAGGCAUUUCAACUCAAACGUUCAGUAUGAACCAUCCUACAAGUUACUCAAACAAUUAUCCCAAUCAGUUCAGCAACCCAUCUUAUGCGGGUCAGGAAAACAAACAAGGUCUUGGCUUGAAUAUGGAUAAUACUGGCCUUUUAGGUUACCACAAUUCUGCACAAUUUUCAUCACAAGAAAAUAAUCCUGGUAUGAGCAACAGCAAUGAGGCCUCUGUUCAUGCCAACUACCAUGACUCGCUUGGUUCCUCACCUCAAGACAACAAACAAGGUUUUAGUCACAGUGAUAUUUCUGGUGUAAAAAGUUCUGAAAAUGGAGGAAAUCAAAUGCUGCAAGAUAGCUUUGCAAGUUUAAUCGCAUCUGCAUCAACGAAUAAAAAUACUUACAGCCAACCAGCGAGCCCCGCUUCUACUUACACCAGCAAUAGUUAUUCAAAUAAUAAUCCAUACACCAUGCCAUCAACAAGUAAUUAUCAGUCUGAUUUAUUCAAUUCAAAUUCACAACUGUAUACAGGCAACACUUCUCAAAAUGUAGCAUAUAAUAAUAACCAACCAAUAAUAACUGCUGCAGAUAUAUCGAAUUCUUACGGUUACAGUCAGCAAGUAAAUGAGCCUUCCCCAGCAUAUACUGCAGUAACUACUUACAGUAAUCCGUAUCCAACAACUGAAGAAAAAUAUUCACAAUUUUCUCAACCUCAAAUGAGUCAGUUUCUUCUUCAAAAUCCUUUACAAACCUCAUCUAGCGGGCAAAAAACGGGAACAAAUCAAGAAUCUUCAGUGUUCAAUCAAAAGACCGAUUCACAAGGUUCGAGUUCAUCCACUUCGAAAGCAUUCCAAGGAUUCGGUACGAAACUGGAUGAAAUGGAACAACAUAUGGAUUCCAUGCAUUCAUCAGGAAGCUCAAUAAUCAAUGUCUAUACAAAUUCGCCGGAUUCUAAAGAAGCCAAGAAAGGGCAUACUUUCACAUUUAUUGACCCCAUUUCUUUGGAAUCCUCUCAUGCUUCUAAAUAUUACACACCUCCAGAUCCAGCAUCGGACAAAAAAUCUAAAUACAGUAACUCAGAUUUGCAAAUUGUACAAGCACCUUCAUUUAAAAGUGAUCCAAAUGAGCCCCUUCAAACAUCUUUAGAUGCUUAUGUACCUGCACAACCAGUGUAUUAUCCACCAUCAAGUGAUCAAAAUACAGUGUACAAAGAGGCAAUGCCCGUCGCAGAUACUGUGUACAAAGAAGCAGUUAGUUUAGAUUCAAAUUCUAAAGAAAAGACCAGAUAAUUUUUAAUGAUGGAAGAACUGUGAAAUAGAACAUUUUCAAAACAUUGACGUUACGGAAUGGUUGCAUAUUAUCGUCACAAUGCAAAAGUUACCAAAAAUUAAAUAUAGUAAAGUCCAAUAGGUGUUAAUCCUUCAUGUUUCUAUAAAUGCCAAAUCA